AAUGUUGCACAAUUUUAUCGCCCUCAAAUUGUUUCUGUUACAUUUAAACCAAACAUUCGUGGUCAAGUGAUAAGAUAACCUAAUGUAUUAAGAGCAUUCGACAUAUUAACAGGAUUAAUAACUGGUGAAUCAGCGCUGAGGGAAAUAUCGUCAUAAAACGGAUAAUUGGCUUAUCUCAGACUUAUCAUCCCGACCUGAUAGGCAACAUAGGGUUGAACGAUGUGUGUUUGCUUUUGAAAGAAAAGGACAUACUGCUUGAUAGCAGCCUUCAAAACUGUCCGAACAUUUUGUUAAGGUAUUUGGAGAGUCAUUAGUGAUAUCUUACUUGUCACUGACAUAGGAAUUCGAUUACAUCACAUCACUUUUGACUCUUCAUUAUUCAUGGUGUUAAGUUUUGAUGUGAUUUAUGGUGAACUUACUGUUAAAGACAUUCAAAAAAAUAAUUUUGUCGUUGAAGCGCGAAUUCAUAAAGCAUUUCUCGUGCAUACAGUAAACCUCUGCGGAAUAUACGGAUGCCCUUUUUGCGGGUUUAAGCGUGUUGUUAAACUUUGAAAUAUUUCCUAGAGUAUUAUACAUUCAGUUAUUGAAAAGCGUUCCACACUUUAAAUUACUGACAGUGACUGUUUUUAGAACGGAGUUUGACCUGAAACUAUUAGCAACAGCUUUUGGUUCAACGACCAAGCCAAUGACAACGUGUAUGAUUUGUGUGCAGCCCAUUUGUGACAUUUCUGUGGCUUAUAAACAACAAUUAAUUAUACAAAUCGCACGAAAAAUGAAACGAUCAACGAAGAUGACGGUGUUAAGUCAUUAAAACAUGGCAAAUUUGACCACAAAACAAAAGCAGGGGCGAUUGUUUAAACGAACGCAGAACAGAUUGGACCGCAUGUUAAAGUUACUCAGGAAAGUUCAUUUAUCAAAACGCGCACAACCGACUGAAAAUAAUGAGUUGUUCGAGGCUUUGGUUCGCCGCUCACUGUUAAACUCCAUGAUGAGUAGCGGGUUCUCGCCAGGGCCAUUCGGGCUGGGAAGUACAGCAUCACCAACCACCGUAAAACUUACAACAACGACAGCAGAAGCUGAACAUGAAAUGGAUUUUAACACUUUGUGUACUGACAUUCAAGGGCGUGACCGCGCGUGCUGCAACUCCGCAGUCACGUGUUUUGAUGACGUCAGGAGCGUCGUCGACGAGCUAGACAACGCCCCGGCUGGUUCCUUCACUCUCUCUGCAGCAUGCAGACGUGUCGGGUCAGAGUUGCAGCGGGACCGAAUGUGCGUGCAGCAGUCUCUGUCUCGGUGCGGGGGGCGGGAGCGCGCCCUUCUCCAGCGCCGGUUUGACAAGCGCGUGAACAACCUGUACGAUCAGUACAACAGCUACUGCCGCCGCACCAUCCAGGAAACGCCAACUACUGUAAAAGCAGAGACCACGACAAUACCAGGUGAUACCGACUCUCCCCGCCCCAUAUUUCCCGUUACCCCGACGACUAACAACACGGAUCAGCCGCGCCCUCCCCUACCACCGGGCGGAGGUUGGGGCGGUCAUAGUGGGGUUGGGCCUACCCAGGGACCUCCGGGGGACAACAGCGCGUUGACGGGUGGUAUCAUCGCUGGGGUGAUUACCGGCGGUGUGAUACUGGGAAUUGUGCUGCUGGUGGCCGUGAUUCUCUGGUGCAGAAACAGAAGGGACAGGAACGGUUCGGACAGUUCAACAGAUAGCCAGGGUAUAUUCUUCCAGAAACAACCUUCCCGCAACAACAACAAUAGCAAACCUUCAGCCACACGACAGCUCUCAGACCCGUACGCGGAAAUUGACGAGACAUUGGUAAAUCCAGGGUACAAGCCGCCAGUGCCGAGUUCCAUGACGCUACCAGACUACCUUCAUCCGGUGAGUGAUGACGGCUCCAGCAAUUACACCGCACCACCCACUUCCGGUCGCCACGGGAGCGCCCCGGUUAUCACUACGCGUGGCCAACUCAGCUACGGACCGAUCCUCGCGGCCAACAGGGAAGCUUCUAAAGGCAUGGUCACGCCGUAUCACACAACGUCAAUAACGACGAAUGAGGACAUCCAACGUUUUAAAGACAGGGACUUGAGUAACGCUGAUACACUUCCCUCUUCCCGAAACUUACUCGCAAACUCUACUUCGGAAACGCCAAUUGUAAACACUGAUACUUUCGCAGAGGAUGUAGACGAUUUCGGGGAGAUCGAAGGUCAGGAUGACUAUGAGCAGCCCGUAAGUGCCAAUACAUCGGUACGUUACGCUGCUAUUGACCACGGCCCUCCUAAAACUGUGGCGCCGGCCGUCCCAACAUCCGGCUCCAGCAUUACCCCGCCCACCCAGUCCAAGCAUAAGAAGGUGGGUCUUAAGGUCUUGCCAUCUAAUCCCUUAUCGCCGAUAUUGUCCUUGGCAUCUCCAGAGAGAGAAUCCGAAAUGUCAGGCAAUGACGCCGUGACGUCAACGAAUUCAACAAUGUCAGAUGUAAACUCUACAGCAUCGCCUGCGCAACCGGUUCCAAGGCCUAGAAGCCGCAAGGAAAACACAGGUAGUGCAGAUUCGGAAAAUGCUCCUCUGAAUAUAAAUGAAAGCGGAAACGUCUUUACAUUUAAGGAAUCGCAAGGGAUUGGUUUCAAAGAACUGAUGAAACGAACUGACCCCGAUGCCGCUAACAGGGACUCCUGUGUUUCUGAUGCGAGUGUAAAGUCUAGUCAUCACUACUAUGUGCUAGAACCUGGUCAUAAUAAAACUGAGUAUGAAAAUUCUGUAAGCUCACCCAAGAUGGUAUAAUUGUUCCAUACCUGUAAAACUUUCUUCAUUAUCGGGUAGAUUUUUAAGGGUUUCAAUGUGACUUAUAAGUUGUUAAAAGGGUGGACUGUCUAAUAGUCAGUCACUGUAUACAGAGUAUACAUGCAGGUAAACUAUGUUAUACGCCCGCUGGUUCGGGAUUAAAUUGUUGCUGUUUUUCUUUAAUUGAUAGAUUCAUUCCAUUGCCAUUGCCACAUAUUAUUCAUUUUGGUAAUGCUAGAUGUGUAGGUAUAUGUACAUUUAUUCGACAAGGUGUUGUUUUUGAGAUAAACGUUUUUACCAUGAUUUCCUUAAAUCAUUUAAGCAAAUGAGCUGUGUGUUAUUUAAUAAUCGACUUGUGUUUUUUUAAACUUGACUGCUGUUAUAUAAACUUUGCCAUUGUCAUAUAUCAAAUAAAGUAAUACACAAAUCA